CCAUGAUAAACCUUAUCAAAACUGACAAAUAUUUUAGUAUGGAAAUGCUUGGGAAGUAUGAAUUUAUUAGUAAACAAAAAAAUAAUUUCCAAGAAAAAUUUGAUAAAGUUCGUGCUGAAUUACCAACAAAUGCACAAGAAUAUUUUAUACAUUAUCACGGG